AUGGAGGCAGACAACGUCGUGGUCCGAGGGGCGGCCCCAGGGCCCCCCCGGCCUGGCCUGGUGCCCGUCAGCAUCAUCGGGGCCGAGGACGAGGAUUUUGAGAACGAACUGGAGGCGAACGCAGAGGAGCAGAACAGCCAGUUCCAGAGCCUGGAGCAGGUGAAGCGGCGUCCAGCCCACCUGAUGGCCCUCCUGCAGCACGUGGCCCUGCAGUUCGAGCCGGGACCCCUGCUCUGCUGCCUGCACGCGGACAUGCUGGGCUCCCUGGGCCCUAAGGAAGCCAAGAAGGCCUUCCUCGACUUCUACCACAGCUUCCUGGAGAAGACCGCGGUACUGCGGGUGUCUGUCCCUUCGGCUGUCGCCUUUGAACUUGACCGCACGCGGCCUGACCUCAUCUCCGAGGACAGCCAGCGGCAGUUCGUGCAGGAGGUGGUGCAGAGCCAGCAGGCCGCCAUCAGCCGGCAGCUGGAGGACUUCCGAUCCAAGCGGCUCAUGGGCAUGACACCCUGGGAGCAGGAGCUGACGCAGCUGGAGGCCUGGGUGGGGCGGGGCGCCAACUUCGAGGCCCGGGAGCGGCUGGUGGCAGAGCGGCUGCUGGCCCACUUGGAGGAGAUGCAACAUACCAUCUCUACUGACGAAGAGAAGAGUGCCGCUGUGGUCACCGCCAUCAGCCUGUACAUGCGCCACCUCGGGGUGCGCACCAAGAGCGGGGACAAGAAAUCGGGCAGGAAUUUCUUCCGGAAAAAGGUGAUGGGAAACCGGCGGUCAGAUGAGCCCACCAAGACCAAGAAAGGACUGAGCAGCUUCCUGGACGCUGCCCGAUGGAACCGGGGAGAGCCCCAGGCCCCAGAUUUUCGACACCUCAAAACAGAAGUUGAUGCUGAGAAGCCAGGCCUCACCGAACGAAAGGGAGGCCUGGGGGUGCCCUCCCGGGACCGGAAUGUUGGGGCCUCUGGGCAGGACUCCCCUGGGGUUUCACUACAACCUGUGUCCGGGGACAGCCCUGACCGGGAACCAGGUGAUGCCUCCCCGGAGCUGGGGGACCCGCCCCCGCAGGGCCCCACCAGCCUGGAGCCCGCAGCGCCCCUGGAGAGCACCGAGGAGGGUCCUGAUACAGAGAGCCCCGAGCCCGGAGAGGAGGGUGAGCCGGGCCGGUCGGGACUGGAGCUGGAACCAGAGGAACCCCCCGGCUGGCGGGAGCUCGUGCCCCCCGGCACCCUGCACAGCCUGCCCAAGAGCCAGGUGAAGCGGCAGGAGGUUAUCAGCGAGCUGCUGGUGACCGAGGCGGCCCACGUGCGCAUGCUGCGGGUGCUGCAUGACCUCUUCUACCAGCCCAUGGCCGACGGGGGCUUCUUCCCCCUGGAGGAGCUGCAGAACAUCUUCCCCAGCCUGGACGAGCUCAUCGAGGUGCACUCUCUGUUCCUCGAUCGCCUGAUGAAACGGAGGCAGGAGAGCGGCUACCUCAUUGAGGAGAUUGGAGAUGUGCUGCUGGCCCGGUUUGAUGGUGCCGAGGGCUCCUGGUUCCAGAAAAUCUCCUCCCGAUUCUGCAGCCGCCAGUCAUUCGCCUUAGAGCAGCUUAAAGCCAAGCAGCGCAAGGAGCCUCGCUUCUGUGCCUUCGUGCAGGAGGCCGAGAGCCGCCCGCGGUGCCGCCGCCUGCAGCUGAAGGACAUGAUCCCCACGGAGAUGCAGCGUCUGACCAAGUACCCCCUGCUCCUGCAGAGCAUCGCGCAGAACACAGAGGAGCCUGCGGAGCGGGAGAAGGUGGAGCUGGCAGCCGAGUGCUGCCGAGAGAUCCUGCACCACGUCAACCAGGCCGUGCGGGACAUGGAGGACCUGCUGCGGCUCAAGGACUACCAGAGGCGCCUGGACUUGUCCCACCUGCGGCAGAGCAGUGACCCCAUGCUGAGCGAGUUCAAGAACCUGGACAUCACCAAGAAGAAGCUGGUGCACGAGGGCCCGCUGACAUGGCGGGUGACAAGGGACAAGGCUGUGGAGGUCCACGUGCUGCUGCUGGAUGACCUGCUGCUGCUGCUCCAGCGCCAGGACGAGCGGCUGCUGCUCAAGUCACACAGCCGGACGCUGACCCCAACGCCCGACGGCAAGACCAUGCUGCGGCCGGUGCUGCGGCUCACCUCCGCCAUGACCCGCGAGGUGGCCACCGACCACAAAGCCUUCUAUGUCAUUUUCACCUGGGACCAAGAGGCCCAGAUAUACGAGCUGGUGGCGCAGACCGUGUCCGAGCGGAAGAACUGGUGUGCCCUUAUCACGGAGACCGCCGGAUCCCUCAAGGUGCCUGCCCCCGCCUCCCGCCCCAAACCCCGGCCCAGUCCAAGCAGCAUCCGCGAGCCCCUGCUCAGCAGUUCUGAGAAUGGCAACGGUGGCGGCCGAGAGAUGCCGCCCACGGACGGCCGGAUCGAGAGGACCCUCAGCGCCCUCCUGCCCUUCUGCAGGCCCGGCCCCGAGGGCCAGCUCGCUGCCAAAGCCCUUCAGAAAGUGCUGUCCCUGAAGCAGCUCCUGCUCCCCGCAGAGGAAGACAGCGGGGCGGGGCCUCCCCCUGAAGGGGGCGGGGUCCCCGGGGGCGGCCCCCUGAGCCCCGCACAGACCCAGGACAUCCGAGAGGAGCUGCUUGGCCUGGAGGAGACCAUUAAGCAGCUGGAGGAAGUGGAGGAAGAGUUCUGCCGCCUGCGACUCACUUUGUCUCAGCUGGGAGAGAACACUGUCCCCCAGUCCGGCUGUACCUGA